ACAGAGAGAAUGUGAGAGAGAGCGGUUGUGACAGCGGCGCGUGCGAAAGAGAGCAACCGCCGCAGGAGUUAGUUAUUGUUGCUAGCAGUGCGAAACCGACCCUGUCAGUAGAAAAGUGCUGUUUUUUGGUGAUGUAGAAGAAAAAUGAGGACGGACGUACCUGACAUCGUACCUGACAUCGUCUGUCCCCGGAUGGAUGCUGGAGAUGGACAGGAUUAAAUGGCAGUAAACGGUGCUGAGCUCCAGGCUCUAACCCUACAGUGGUGAUGGCUGGUAGAGAGGAUGGUCCUGUUGAUCCACCCCUGCUCUCAUCCGUCAAGCCCUCUUCUGCUUCUAAACUAAAUGUGCAGCGCUCGCUAUCCCGAGAGACCAUCACCAUCCAUUUCUCUGCAAUGGGCAAGGAGGAGGACCAGGAAGAAGAAGGCUUAUACGAACCAUUAGACCUGCCGAGUCAAGGAGUCGUAACGGCCAUGGAAGCAAGUGAAGACCUCAUUCUUACAGGAGAUGCAGAGGUGGCAGGGACAUCUGCCUCUAAUGUUGAUUCAGCCAUGCCAGGUCAUCAGAACACUAAUAAGCAGGAACAAAGUACCAGUACCUCUGUUUCCACUGAAGCUACAAAGGGGGCCGGUUCCUCUUCAGGCUCUACUAACUCCUCACCUUCCAAAUCCAUGUCUCUUCCCUCAAUGGACAAGGCCUUUCUCCACCUCAUGAAGUCUUUGUCUACAGAUCUGGAGCCCCGGGUAGGAGUUCCUGCUCCUCCUUCAAUGCGCCAUCGCCAUUUGAAGAAUCUGGUCAAAUCUUUUUCCACAGACACGACGCAGGAUCCCACUGGAUCGAAUCGCGCUUCAGACUCCCUACUCAGUCUGCCUCUCUUCAAACAGUUUACCCAACCCCGAUCUUCUUCAAGUACGGGAGACUCCAAAACUGCUCCAACGUCUCCGUUAACCUCGCCCGACAACCGCAGCUUCUCCUUCAAAGUGUCUGAGGUGGAGGCAUGCAUCGAAGACACCAAACGGCGCCUUUCAGAAGCCAUUUCAGAUCCUUUGCACUUGAUCAGCAAGAUUAUUGGAGAUGACUCUUCCAGUAUUUACAGGCCGAAACCGCUUUCAAGUGCCACAGAACUGACCAUUUUUUCCACUUUAAAUGGCCAUCAUGAAAACAACAAUAAUUACAGCAUCAAAGAAGAAGACAGUGACCUGGAGGAUGAAGGUGUCUCCCCAGAGGCAACUGAGCUGGCCUCAGCUGUUGAAAGCAAGCCUAUUGCACUUUCUCUGUCCUCUCUGGGACUUAGCAAGUGCUCCAUGUCGGCAUUGGCCAAGCAGGACGACGAAAAGUUCUCUAAACUCUACAGCGAUGACUUGGAUUCCUCUAUGGAUCCAGAAGUUCAGCUCGAUCAUACUGAAGACACAAAGACUGGAAAUGGUGCUUCCAAGCGUCCUAGUCAGCACUAUAACACUUUUAAUGAAGAUGAAUUAGAGUUGGUAUCAGCAUGUAGUAUUCCAUAUAAAACUUUGUUAGCUCUGACCAUCCUUACCUAUGGAUACUUUAUUCUCCCUUUGCCAACUUACCUUGGGGGAAUGUUGCUGGGUGUCGCACUAGGAUUCAUGUUAGCUGUCGUUGUAGUGGGGCUAACGGGCCCAAAUCUACCCCGAAUUAGAUGUUUAAGAGCGCAGCGGGAUCUGUGCAAUGUCUCCCAGUUGGACUUCAAAGAGCCAGACAUCUUUAAGGGUUGGAUGAACGAGAUUCAGAAUUACAAUCCAGAAACAUAUCACGCAACAUUUACCCACUCUGUGUUCGUGCGCUUGGAAGGCUCAACUUUGCGGAUCUCCAAACCCAACAAGAACAUUGCCAGGAGAGCCAGUUACAACGAACCCAAACCCGACGUCACAUACAUCAGCCAAAAAAUCUACGAUCUUACAGACAGCAAGGUGUCCCUGGUGCCCCAAGGUCUCGCCAGGAAGCGGGUGUGGAACAAGAAGUACCCAAUACGCAUUGAGCUGGCCAAGCAGGACGACUUUAUGUCUAAGGCAGACGCGGACAAGGCCUCAGAAGAGAAGGACAAUCAGGACAUUGCAGGCUCACAGGAAAGGGGAAAGGUGGGUUCAGAUCGUGAACUGCCCACCAUCUACUUGUUUGGAAGAACAGGAAGGGAAAAAGAGGAGUGGUUCCGGAGAAUUCUUCUGGCUUCGAAACUCAAAUCUGAGGCAGCUAAAAAGACAAGUUUGACAACUAGCAAGAGCGCUCCAGUGUUGACCCAUAGCCGCAGCAGUAGCAGAGGCAGUCUGGAUGAGCUCCUGUCAUCCCAGGUAGCUAAGAGAGAGUCGAAUGCAAGUGCUAAACAGAAGUCCCUUUUGGAAUACAGCGUCUACAUGGCCAAUUAUGUCGGCGCAUCUAAAGCGACCAGUGCCAACAGCAGUCCUGGAGAAAGCCCACACGGCAGCCCCGGGAUGGGGAAAAAGCUGCCAAGCAGUCCAGUAAAAGAAAAAGAGGAGGCACAUUUGAGCUGGCUGAACUCUUUGAUUGGCCGAAUCGCAUGGGAUUUCUUCAAGGAGCAGCACUGGUCUGAAUGGGUGUCCAAGAAAAUCCAGAUGAAGCUCAGUAAAAUCAGGUUGCCUUACUUCAUGAACGAGUUGUCGCUGACCGAGCUUGACAUGGGCACGUGCACUCCCAGGAUCCUUUGGGCCUCCCAGCCCUCAGUGGAUCAUCAAGGUCUGUGGUUUGAUGUGGACGUCUCCUACAAAGGCUCGUUCCUCAUGACUCUGGAGACGAAGAUGAACCUGUUGCGAUUGGGGAAAGAGGUCGAGGCUGUGGGCGAGUUAGGAAAAGACGGGCAUAGGCCACGGACCUACUGUCUGGCCAAUAGCGAAGAGGAGUCGUCCAGUGCCGGGUCCUCUGAUGAAGACAACGGGACGGAGAAUGUUCCUGAUAAAAACCUGCUUCCAGGUGCAGAGGGAUACAGCGGAGUCCACAGGCCGAGCAGGAUCAGUAAUUUGGUGAAAAAGAUAACCAAGAACAAAUACUUCCAGAAGGCUACAGAAACUGAGUUUAUUAGGAAGAAGAUCGAGGAAGUGUCAAACACACCACUUCUGCUCACCGUCGAGCUCCAGGAAUGUAAAGGAACGCUGGCUGUUAACAUCCCGCCUCCCCCUACUGACAGGAUAUGGUACGGCUUCCGCAGUCCUCCUCUUCUGGAGCUAAAGGCUCGUCCUAAACUCGGAGAGAGAGAAGUGACAUUCGCACAUGUCACCGACUGGAUCGAAAAGAAACUGAAGCAGGAGUUUCAGAAAGUCCUGGUGAUGCCCAACAUGGAUGACGUGUGGCUCACAGUCAUGCAUUCUGCAAUGGACCCUCGGUCAGACACAACAGGAACGGAGAGCAUGGGAGCCACGACAGCACCUGAAGCUGACAUUCUACCCUCCGAAGAGCAGUGAAGGACCUCUUUCACUUCCCGUUUUUGCCCAAACCAGAGCUGCUGAUGGGGGUGGGUUCAUAAGAGGGCCAUCAGUUAUUUUGUUUCUUAUUAAGAUUUUGAAAAAAAAUUAUAAGACAUUGCUGCUUUAAUCACUUUAUCGAGUUUUGAGGUUCAUUCCUUUUGAAGAUGUCUACAAGGACAAAUGCUGAAGAGUAUGAAGAGUAAAGGGUAAUGUAGAUGCAGAAGGGACGACGAGGUGUGAUGAAAAGCUAUGAAGGAUAUUCUGUGUGUCCGGAGCGUGUAAAGCGUUCGAGCGUCAAUCUGUGAUUCAUAAUGAAGUGAAGCAAAGGUUUAACUCCAUGCUUUUGGAGACCCACUGCACUACGAUUUAGUACACACUAAAUAUCUUUUAUUAUUAUUUUAUUAUUAUUAUUUUUUUCUCUCAUGUGCUAACACACCUUCUGCUAAUUCUCGCUCUUCCCAAGCUGAAUGUCUGGGUAGCGCAUUGGACCGAUGGACUCUCAAAGGUUGAUGACAAUGAAUUAAUGGUUAGACCUUUUCAUAGGAUUGUAUAAUCCUGCAUCAGAUUUUACGAACACUGUGCCAGAGUACACUGCCCUUAAUAAAGUAAUGAAGAACGCUA